CCUCUAACGUUAUACAGUCUACUCCAAUCCAAGAUGGCGACAGGACUGGGGCAUCUACUCUCGAUCGGGCUGGGUCUGUUCUACUGCACUACUGGUUUACCCAAGCUCUUCUCUUUCAUUCCAGCACACAGAGUUUUGAAAGAUGACUUUGUGAAGUUUGCGACAGUGUUUCCCCUGAAGCCGUUGGGAAUCGUCCCUAACCCGACCCUGUACAUGUACGCUGUGGGAGUGAUAGAGUUCGGCGCAGGGGUCAUGCUGGGACUGGGUUCACACGAACAACAAGUCACGAGUGCCAUGGUCUUAUUUGGAAUAAUGGUGGGAGGACUCUACACACUGGUGUCACUGGGGAGGAAACAGACUGACUGGAUCCCUCCAAUUGUGUGCAUGGCUUUACUGGGGCUGUACCUGUUCCAGACUCUAUAGUAGAAUUGAGUGCUUAGAACAAAUCUUAGGUACAAGAGUUAGGGUACUGUGGCAUGGAUUACAAACUAGAUAUCAUUUGAUUUGUUUUUAUUGCUUAAUUUUGCUGCAAUCAUUGCCUGUUGAUGCAUUCUGUUAGGCCUGCAAAUAUGAUCUCUGCAUAUAUACUCGCGCAUAGGCACAGAUACUUUUUUCUGUUGGAAUCUUUAGGUCUAAGAUGACGAUGAAAAUACAAAACAUUCUUGCCCAUUGAAACAACUGGACAAUUUCAUAUUUAGCUUUGGCUGUUACAUAUGAUAUAAUAUUAUAUGUAACUGGAAACAUAAUAUUAUCUGAUAUGGUGUUCACUGUUUGAAAAAGCAGUACUUUACAUGUUAAAAGUAUCGAUUUUUUAACUGAAUAUUGUGGAUACAAGUAGAAGAAUCAUAUAAAAAACCAAGAAUUUUGUAUCAUAACUCCUUACGACGCACUGCAUAGAAAAUGGUAGAAAAAGUCAAAUCUCUUUGUGCAGUCUUCUAGACAUCUUUCUCCUCUGCUUCUCUCAGCAAGUACAGACUCUCAUCUAUAAGGAAACUGUGAAGAUGAUAACAGACAGUUUUAUUGAAAAGAGACACCUUUGUUAUUCUUGUGAUCAAAAUGUGACCAAACUUUUUAAGUACGCUUUUCUGAUUAGUAUCAAUGCCAUGUUAUAUUUCUACAGAUUAU